AUUAUACCCCAAAUGAGCAUUGAUUGGCAUCCCUUAAAUUCCAAACUCCCUUAUCUACACUCAACUUUCAACCCCUUAUUACUAACCUCCCAAACAAUCCCAUAAAUUUAGUGAUUAACUAAAUUUCUUGACCCCACCCAAUUUUGCAAUCAAAUCUAAGGACUAAUUAUUUUAUGAAAAGUACCAUGAAAUUAUGAAUCUCAAUCAACUUCACCGACAUCACACCCAAAUUUAGCUGGCAAAAUUCAAGUCUUUUUCAACAUAAAUCACUCCAAAACUCCAAAUAUAUAAAUAAUAAUCAUUUCUUAAAAGCGGGAAAAUCCAAAUUAAUCAACAUUCUUUAAAUUCUCUUCCAAUUUUUCCCAGAAAAAAAAAAAGAAAAAAAAAAAUCAUCAAAAAUGGGUUCUCUUCCUGUACAUUUUGAUCCCAUUAAAAUUGAAGAACAAUCAAAAUUAAACGAAUCAACCCUCUUAAAUUUGUUCAAAUCCCAACAAAGUUACCUAAAUUACUUCUUCCAACACUUAGAUCUCCCACAAACCCUAAAAUUCACCCAAAUUUUGCUCAAUUCAAAGGGCACAAUCAUCUUUACUGGGGUUGGAAAAUCUGGGUUUGUUGCCCAGAAAAUCUCUCAAACAUUGGUUUCUCUUGGAAUUCGAUCUGGGUUUCUCUCCCCAGUUGAUGCCCUUCAUGGGGACAUUGGAAUUCUAACAAGAAACGACGUCGUUGUAAUGUUCAGCAAAUCAGGGAAUAGUGAGGAAUUGAUUAGAUUAGCCCCUUGUGCUAAGGCAAAAGGGGCUUAUUUGAUUGGAAUUACUUCAAAUUUGAGUAAUAAUUUGAUGGGUUUUUGUGAUCUUAAUGUGCAUUUGCCUCUAGAAAGAGAAUUGUGCCCUUUCGAUCUCGCUCCGGUUACUUCCACGGCUAUUCAGAUGGUUUUCGGGGAUACCGUGGCGAUCGCCUUGAUGAGUGCUAGGAAUUUGAGUAAGGAGGCUUAUGCUGCUAAUCAUCCUGCUGGAAAAAUUGGGAAGAGUCUCAUUUUUAAGGUAAAGGAUGUCAUGAAGAAGCAAGAGGAUCUUCCUGUUUGCAAGGAAGGAGAUCUUAUUAUGGAUCAGCUAGUUGGACUUACCAGUGGAGGAUGUGGAUGCCUUCUCGUUAUUGAUGAUGAUUACCAUCUAAUUGGUACCUUUACCGAUGGAGACUUGAGGCGUACACUUAAAGCCAGUGGAGAAGGAAUCUUUAAGCUUACAGUUGGAGAGAUGUGUAAUAGGCACCCUAGGAUCAUUGGACCAGAUGCUAUGGCAGUAGAGGCAAUGCAAAAGAUGGAGUCUCCACCCUCUCCUGUGCAAUUCUUGCCUGUUAUUAAUGAUCAAGACAUUUUGAUCGGGAUAGUUACCCUGCACGGUUUAGUCUCUGCAGGUUUAUGACUUUUCGUUAAAGAAUUAAUCACAUUAUGUUGUGUUUGAUUAGCAUGGCUAUUCAUCGGUAUUCUUUCUAUAGGGUCCACUAGAGCUGCUCUCUUUCUUCUUUUGUCAAAUUCAAUCAUGUGAUAGAUAUAGUUGGCUGGUAAUUGGUCUUAAUCAUCUUUAUUAUCUUGUGGACCACUUAUUGUAUGUCAUUAGGUAGUUCAGACUAUGUAUCACAGUAUUGCAUUCUUCGUUGUAUUCAUGUAUGGCUUUGUUCCUUGACGCCGAAGCUUCUUGUGUAGUAGGAUUCGUUUACAUGAGUUUUUCGCAUCUGUAAAGUGCCUUAUUGCUGGUUGUGACACCUUGUUAUGAUUUCUAGUUAUUAAUACGUUUACAAAGCUUA